GUCGAGACGUUUCAUCGUCGAUGACAAAUUUUAAUUCGGCGUAGAUCCUCCGGAUCGACUUAAUUGAUUCGUAACGAAUUACGACGAAGAAUUUUAGCGAAUGCCAAAGGACAAUUUAAUCCAUUGAAUUUUUUCUAACAUUCCUUGAUCUAUUUGCAGGAUAUAUUUCGUUUCGUCGGUUGGCCAAGGUCGUCGAUUCGCGUACAAAAGUCGAUUCACGAAACGUACGAAAGUCAGUCUUAGCCAGUUAAACGAUUAGAACUUUCAGAAUUUAACAAAUUCAAUCGAAAAAUGAUAUUCGUACGGAAUGUUCUGUUGUUAAUCUUCGUUCGGUAUUGCGUUUGCUUUUAUUAUGAGCCAGGUGGUAUAAGUGAUUCAUUAUUAUCCGGUUCUAGUUUAGAAAAGGGCAAAUUGGAGCGCGUUAAUUUUAAUAAAGAACGAUAUGGUAAUCAGGAUAGAUCUUUAUACGAUAAAGACUUGUCGACGAAUCACCAACGAAAAGAGAACGCGGCUCGUUAUGAUGAGCAGGAUAAUGCACGAGAAGGAUUCGACAAGGAUCGACAUUCUUCGGGUCAUACUGAAAUUUCGAACGAGUCCGACAAUUCUUAUCAUAGACACGGUACUGGCUAUUACAAAAAGGGCUAUCAUAAUACUGGUUUCAGUAAUAAUUAUCGUAAAGACGAGUCCGGUAAUAAGACGAGUUUUUACGAGGAUAGCGACGACGAGAAAGGACAUAGGGCUUUUGACAAAAACGGUGGUUCCUAUGGGAACAAUUUGCAGGAUAGUUUCAGGGAUGGAGCACAUGAUGCUUCUUUUAGGGAAAGAAACAAAGCAGAACAUGGGAAUUAUGAUAAUGGUCAGAGAUAUGUUGAUUCCCGCGCACGUUAUGAUCAGUUUCAAAAUAAUCAGCAAUACGACGAUGGACGGAAAUAUCUGCACGAUGACGUAGGAAGACAUUACGAUAAAAAUCGUGAUCAUUUUGGAGAUUACGGUUAUCACUAUUAUCCAUACGUGUACGAUGAUGGAUAUGUGUCUUCACAUUCUUAUCAGAAUUAUCACGUUGAUGCAAAGCCUAGGCACUACUCCGAGGAUCCAUAUCUUAUCGAAUACUUAAGAAAUCAUCGUUACAUUCCAAAUUAUCGUAAUCGAAGGACCUAUUAUCCAGAUGAUGUGUAUUACGAUAAUGCCUAUCGCAAUCGUUAUUACAAUAUUAAUUACAAAAAUAAUAGAUUUGGGAAUAGAUACUUGCCUUACGAUGGUCGUUAUUAA